AUGGUCGCCAGAAGUGUGGCUUCCGAAGGAGGAGCUGGACUGACCCUCACCAAGUCAGGUGUGAACAAUCCGAAUCCUCUUCAACAUGGCGGUAUGGGACAGGCAGAGCGUGCCUUCAGCGCCGCGUCGACAUUCCUCUCCGGUCUACUGGCUAUAUCAGCAUCGCAGUUCAUCGGUGCACCACUCAAGCUUGUUGAUGAGAAAUUUUACGAUGGCUACAUGGCCUGGACGAAGGAGUCCUUCGCAGUGCUCAUGACCACGAUCACGCAGUGGUGGGCACCGACUGUCGUCCGUAUUAGUGGCGAUGAAAGCAUGAAAGGCCAGAUCUACCAGAUGGACGACGGGACAUUGAAGUGCAACUUCCCGCAUCGGCUUGUGUUGAUGGCGAAUCAUCAGUUGUAUACAGACUGGCUGUAUCUGUGGUGGGUCGCAUACACUAACAAGAUGCAUGGCCGUAUCUACAUCAUCCUCAAGGAGAGUUUGAAACAGCUCCCAAUCUUCGGCUGGGGAGCGCAAUUCUAUAAUUUCAUUUUUCUUAGCAGAAAAUGGGAGACAGAUCGAUGGCGAUUCAAGAAAGCUCUCAACCAUCUGCAGAACCCUAUGGACCCAAUGUGGCUGCUUAUCUUUCCAGAAGGAACCAAUCUAUCGGCUGUAACAAGGGAGAAGUCUGCCUCCUGGGCGAAGAAGUCAGGCGUGAAAGACAUGAAGCAUCAGCUAUUACCACGGACUACAGGGUUGCAAUUCUGUCUCCAGGAACUCAAACACUCGACAAACUGGCUCUACGACUGUACAAUCGCUUACGAGGGUGUACCGAAGGGCAUGUACGGUCAAGAUAUUUUCACUCUCCGAUCAUCGUUCUUUGAAGGCCGACCGCCGAAGAGCGUGAAUAUGUUUUGGCGGCGGUACAAGAUCUCGGAGAUUCCACUCGACAACGAUGCGGCUUUUGGCCGAUGGCUCAACAACCGUUGGCGCGAGAAGGACUAUAUACUGGAAUACUUCUACAAAUUCGGCCACUUCCCUGCCAAUGAUCCCGUGUCAGCUCUGGAAGCUGUAGCAGGCAAGAAAGAACCAAAUCAUGCGAAAUUUAUCAGCACUGAAGUCAAAGGUGGUGGUUGGGACGAAUUCUUGAGCAUAUUCGGACCCAUCACUACCGCUGCCGGAGCACUAAGCAAUGUCGAUAUGACUGAGCCGUUGAACUUCGACGCACUUCUUGCAAAGGUUGCAGAACAACAACAUCUUUUGCUUGACAUUGGUAAAUCACCUAUUGCAGCGACUAGUCAGGAAGCGAUCCGUAAUGCUCUAAGGGCGGCGAACAUGCAGAAUGCACUUCCCCCGGGUGUCAUGGAGAAGUUGAUGCAGGCCGCUCCUCAGACGCAGGCAGGCAUGCAACAGGCUCUGGCAUACUCGGGCAACGCUAGAAUAGCCAAGAAAGCAGCACAAGCACCAGCAGCAAAAGCCCAAAUGUCUUCGAAAACACAACAGAACAUCGCUCGGACGGCACGACAAGCGCAAGCUGCCAUUGCACGAGCAGGCCGAGCGAACAGCGUCUCGACUAUUCCUGUAGGGGGCGAAGCUUCUAAUACUCGAAGGAAGUCAGCCACGCCCAACCCUGCAGCGACCAUGCAGAAGGCACUCCCACUGGCCAACAUGCACACUAUGGUCACUCGACCCAUCAGCACAAUGGCCGUCCAGACUGCAGCAGCCACAGUGAGGAAUGCGGCGGCUCAAAGGGCUCAGCAGAAAGGAGCCGCGCUACCGGGUCAGGCCCCCCCGAGAGCAGCGAAGGCAAGAUCAGAACCGGGCGGUGUAAGCAAGCAAGCCAAAGUGAUGCCGAAGAGAGCUCCCAAGCCAUUGACGGCCGCGAACCUUGCAGCAGCCUCCAAGAAGCAGGCGGCAGGGUCAAAAUCUGUCGGGAUGCAGAAGUAUGUUGAUGGCAAGAGGGCUUAG